AGAGAGAGCUUGUAUACGUGACGCCGAGAUGUUCAUGCUCAUUCGAGAGCCGUCCGUCGGAGGAGGCGGGAGUCCGAGCGUGCCAGCAGAGAGGAGCGCAAAACAGGUGCAGGCCGCCAUCAAGAAGAAAGUGGAGAAGCAGAAGAAGCAAGCCAACAAGCAGGGAGGAAAAAACGGAAACACUCCCGCUGCUACUCCUCAGCCCACUCAGAAGUCCAGCCGCAUCGCCAAAAUGAUGGCCAUGGCAGAGCCAGAGGACAGAGAGGAGCUGAAGGAGGAGCUGGAAGAGAAGCUGGAGCAGAUGAUGGAGGGACGACAGAGGAGAGAGGAGAAAGAGGAGGAGGCAGAGCCCAUCGACCUCCUGCCCAUAGUGGACUCUGUGUUUGGACAGGACAGAGAGCUGAGACCAGAGGAGAUUGAUGAGCUCCGUGAGGCAUUUGUGGAGUUUGAUAAGAAUAAGAAGGGAUACAUCAGUCACAGAGACCUGGGGGAGUGCAUGAGGACCAUGGGAUACAUGCCCACAGAGAUGGAGCUCAUUGAGCUCAGUCAGCAGAUUUGUGGAGGGAAAAUAGAUUUUGAAGACUUUGUGGAGCUGAUGGGACCCAAGAUGCUAGCAGAGACAGCUGACAUGAUUGGAGUCAAAGAACUACGUGAUGCCUUCAAAGAGUUUGACUCCAACGGAGACGGUCAGAUCAGUUUGACUGAGCUGCGCGAGGCCAUGAAGAAGCUGAUGGGAGAGCAAGUGACCAACAGGGAGAUCAACGAGAUCCUCCGAGACGUCGACCUCAACGGGGACGGCCUGGUGGACUUUGAGGAGUUUGUGCGAAUGAUGUCCCGCUGACGUCACAUGGACAGACAAAUGACGCAUGAAGAUUCUUCAACUGCUCCGAAGACCACACGUCUAAAGUUAUAUUUUUAUAUAAAAAUAGUAUAGGAAAUAGAAUACAUACUACAUAAUGAAGGUGCAACACAACAUAUAAAGUAUUAUAGAAGCUGUGAAACAUAUCUGAAACUUCGUAGGCAACAUUUAUGAGUUUGUGUUUUUCAGAUGUAUUUUUAUAAAUAGAAUGAAUAGAAUUACUAUUAAGAGUAUAUCAUCUUGUUUGUAAAAGGGUAAAGCUUUUUUUUAUUAUUAAAGAAAUGUACACAAGUCGA